GGCUCGAGCCGCGCCCCCCUGGACAGGGGCGUCGCGCCGGAGGACCCCCCCGCGCGCCUCCCAGCAAUGGGGGACGAUCCGGAGUGGGUGCUGGUGGCAGAAGGCCAGGGCAUCGCGUUCAGCGAGCCGGCCGCGAGCGCCCCCGAGGGCCUGGUGCCGCCGUGGCUGGAAGCAGCCGUCGAAGGCGGCAUCGUGUUCUACGACCCCGACGGCAACGAGGUGGUCGUGCCUUCGGACCAGGUCGGCGCUUUUCAGCAGGGCCUGGAGAGCGUGCGGGAGUUCGAGCACUCACUGGCCAGCCAGGACGCGGCCUCGGGGCAGGUGAUCACUGUCCCAGACAGCGCGCAGCGGCCGCGCACUCCGGAGGCCCGCCCCGGGGCGGCGCCUGCCGCGAACGGGUGCGCCAGCCGCGCUGGCUGCGCGCCGGCGGCCGUGGCCGCCUCCGCGGAGGAGGAGGCGGCUCGACAGAACCUCAAGUUCGCGGUGCAGAAGAGGUACUUUGCGCUGCUGCGUUGUGGCGUUGACCCCAACGAGGCAGCUGUUCGCGCGGUGCUGGAGGCCAAGAACGCUUCUUGCGGGACAACCGCGGCAGCGAGGCCUCGCCGCCAGGAGGAGAGCCCCGAGCCGCGUGCGCCCCCAGAUGCGACAAGAGAAGGCGGCCCCGGCGAGAGCAGCUCGUGGGGGAGCAGCUCGGCGAACAGCCGGCGCAGCUGCGCCUCACAGCAGCGGCAGUCGGCGCAGCCGCAGCAGGGCCGUCGCAAGGACGUAUCCGUGGCCGCCUGAGCGGCGCCGACGCGCGCUCCCAGCGGCGCCCUUCGAUGCCCGCGCUGACUGGCGGCGGGCGCGUGCAGGGAGCCCCCUCCCAGGGACGUGCGGCUGACCGCCUCACCGAUCCCGGCGGGGCCCCUCCUGGCCCCAGGGUUGGCGCACGCCCCCCCGCUCGCAGGGCAGGCGCAGACGCGUACAGGGAGGCCGGAAGAAGUAGGGGGGGCCGGCCCUUCCGCUCUUCCCACGCCUGGCCAGUUCGCCUG